AUGAGAUUUUCAAGAUUAUAUCAAUUUUUUUACUACUUUUUAAUUAUCAGUUGGAUAACACCAACAAUUUUUAUGGAAAAUAUUCCACUGACUCUUCCCUUUAGUGAGCAACACAAAGAAAAUCUCCUUCGUGGAUCCCUUUUGGAAAAUUUUUCUGAUUAUGCUGAUAAAAUUCAUUUUGAGCUCGAAGUAUUUAAUAGUUAUAUAAAAGAAUUUAAUGAAGGUUCUCCUGAGAAAAAAGAAGAGUUAUUAAAUAGUAAAGAUAAAAUACGUAAUACCAUUGUUGAUUUGGGAAAAUUAAAAAAAUUAUAUAUACAUGAUUUUAUUUUGGAUGAAUUAACUAAUUUAAUUAUUUCUGAAUUCAAAGAAAUAACUGAAGGAAGGCCAGAAGAACAAAAAAUACAAGAUAAAGAAUGUCUUCAAUAUCAUGAAAAUUAUAAUAAUCAUAUGGAAAAGAAAUGUAAGGAAAUUUUAGGGGAAAUGGAAGAAUUGUGGAAUUUCAAUUAUAUAACAAAAGAUAUAGAUCCUAUAUGGAAACAAGAAAAAUGGAUUUUAUGGACUCAAAAUUAUGAAUAUUAUGUAUCUGCUUUAGUAAAGAGUUACCAUAUGUUUUAUAUAAAAAUGAUACAUAAUAAGAAUACAGCAAAGGUUUGCGGUGCGAUUUAUGAGUAUUUAGAGGAAUCAUUUGUGCGUUCAUAUCGGGGAGCAUUACUGCUUGAAUUUAAUAAUUUUUUUCUUAAGUUCAUAGAUGAAUGGGUAUCUAAAAAAUAUAUUGAAAGAAGUGGGAUUGAUAACUUAAAAAUUAAUUUAUGA